ACGACAGCAGCGAAGACAACCGGAAGGCGAAACGGAGAAGUAAGAGCGAGCUCGGGGGGCCCCCACCAGCAACAGAGUUACCUGUGGACUGCAAACUGAGAGUUCAGCAGUCCGAAAGGCUGCCGGACGGGGGCAUAAGGAGAAGGGACCCACGGGAACCGCAGCGAAGCAAGGAAGGGCCCAGGACCCGUAAAAAAAAAAAAAAAGUAGUAGCCGAAGCACCACAGCAUGAAGGGUACCAGACCAAGCCAGAGAGCCCAGGUGGACAAUAUCGUGCCAACGCCAAGCAGCGGAAACCUGCUAGAAAAAAAAAAGAGACGAACAGGCACCGCAGAAGCGACCCAAAGUGUGUGUGUGUGUGG